UUUGUCAACAUUAGCUCUGAUUUUAAAGUUUUGUGUGUAAUUGCGAUGUUUCCUCCCAGCCGACAGAUGGAAACACUGAACCCACUUCAGCCCCACUCGAGUUUUGGAGCGACACUCACGCGCACCUCGAAGGCAUGCACAUGCAGCUCUUCUCCUGCAUUACAUUUCAAUAACACUUUUGCUGUGGCCAUUAAGACCCCGUGACAGCGUCAGGUCGUUCGCGUGCAACUGCUGGACAGUGACAGGAAAGCCAAAACAAAACAAACAGAAAUCAUGUCGACAGUCUUCUCUUUCCAGACACAGCUCGUCUCCAUCAUGGAUGCGUUAUCCAAAACAGCUGUAAUGGAAAUAAGCAAACUGGUUGAAAUCGAGUCAAAGAUGCUCAAGAUCGAGAUAACUCGCGGGCGCAACGAAAUCGCCUCGCUUACAGAGAAACUGCAGCUGAUGGAGAAGCUGCUUUAUAUGGCACAGGGGGGCAGGCAGGAUGCGACAGAAGUGAGCUUAGUUGCAAGGGACGGUUUAGAAAACGGAGUACUGGAGACUGAAAGGACAAGGCUUGAAAUUAAAAGUGAAAGCCCGUGGGAAAGUUUUUCUUCUGAGACUGGCAGUUUGCAUCAAGCUGAAGAGUAUGCUGCAACAGAACUUCCAAACCAACCCAAAGAGCACCCAGAACUGGUAGUGGUGAAAGAGGAGCCAUGUGAGGUGGACAAUGGAAACACUCAACAAGACAGGACAGCUGAAAACAGAAGAGAAACAGUCAUAGACACCCAGAAGGCUCCAAAUGUGAUGCAGCGUCCCAAACACAUUGCAGACCACCAGCAGCCACUGUUUACUGAUAGCUUUGUGCCUCUAAGCUCCCUGUCAUCUCUCAGCGAAACAGCGAGGAGGGAAACGCACUGGAACCCACAGCUUACACCUGCCGACACAACCCUAGAAGUUGGGAAAAGCUUGGCUCAAAAUAUAACCUCCCAAAGCUUAAGUGUGCUCAGGAAUAUGAAGCUUCAUAACUUGAGGAACUCAACCACUAAGAGGUUUGGCUGCUUGCAGUGUGGCAAGAGCUUCAGAUGCUUUAGUCAGCUUGAAAUACACCAGAGAAGCCAUACUGGGGAGAAGCCGUUCAGAUGCACACUAUGUGGAAAGCGAUACGCACAAAAAGGACACCUGUAUACACAUCAGCGUACACACACUGGGGAGAAGCCGUAUCGUUGUCCUGUUUGUGGAAAGGGCUUUAUUCAGAAAUGCACACUCGAUAUGCAUCAGCGUACACACACUGGAGAAAAACCCUUUGUUUGUAUCAAAUGUGGCAAAGGCUUUACAAAGAACUGCAAUCUGAAAAAACACCUCGCAGUACAUCUUGAUCCUACUUCAAACGUAUAUGGUAGUGACUCCAGUGCACCAACAUUUAGUGGGACAUUUGUAAAUGGAAACUCUUAAGACAUCAAUCAUAUGUAACAUCUGUAUUUUUGUUCUGGAAAAUAAAGUUAUAUUUGUUCCAGGA